UCAGAAAACAACAAAAAUGCUAGACUCGCUGACAUUUCUAUUUGAGAAAUUCUUUCUUUUCUCACAUUUUAAUCUUUUUAAAAGUAUAUGGCAGGGGACGGAGAAGUGUCCGGUGAGAUGCCCAAUGCUCAGGAGAGGAGAUCUAUUGGAGGUGCAGCGCACUCUCUUCGUUCAUUACGGCAUCUAUCUGGGCGAGAACAGAGUGGCGCACCUGAUGCCUGACAUCAUGCCCAUAUUAACUAACGACAAACAGCUCAUUAAACCAGUUGUCACCAAUAAAAGACUCAUUUUAGGCUGCAUUUACAGACACGCGAGUAUACGCGUCGAUUCGGUUGAAGAUUUCGCUUAUGGAGCUCAGAUUCUUGUGAAUGAUAUGGAUAUGAAAAUGAAGUGUCAAGCACUGGCGAGCGAAGACGUCGCGAGAAGAGCAGAGAAACUGGUCGGCGACAUUCCGUACAGUUUGUUAUGGAAUAAUUGUGAACAUUUCGUGACGUAUUGCAGGUACGGGACACCUGUGAGCCAGCAGACAGAGACGUUCUGUGACUGUCUGAAAACCAUCAUUCGGGACCAGAGAAGUGUGGCCUUAACCGUUGGGAUGGGAGUGAUGUACAUCCUUUGCUUUGGCAUGGCACCUUCAACUACAUUACCCACAAUCCUUAUUCCCUUCAUUCUGUGGAUGGCUGGCUGAGAGACAAUUUCAAUACAUCAACAAAACAGUCCAGUCUUAAAGGGGACAAAACACAACAAUGCAAUGCAUCCUGCAGA